AUGACGGAGAUGGAGGGCGUAGAGCACAGAACAGUCCAAGUCAAUGGCAUAAACAUGCACAUAGCCGAGAAAGGCCAGGGCCCACUCAUCCUCUUCAUCCACGGCUUCCCCGAGCUCUGGUACUCCUGGCGCCACCAGAUCACAGCCCUCGCCUCCCUCGGCUACAGAGCCGUCGCGCCGGACCUCCGCGGCUUUGGCGAUACCGACGUCCCCGAUUCCCCCACGAGCUACACCUGUCUCCACGUGGUCGGAGACCUCAUCAGCCUCCUCGAUGCCAUAGCCCCCGACCAGGACAAGGUGUUCGUGGUGGGCCACGACUGGGGCGCUUACUUAGCUUGGUUACUCUGCCUGUUCCAGCCCGACCGGGUCAAAGCCUUGGUCAACCUGAGCGUGGCUUUCAUGCCUAGAAACCCUCAGAGGAAGUUCAUUGAAUCUGUGAAAGCUGUUUAUGGGGAUGACUAUUACAUGUGCAGAUUUCAGGAGCCAGGAGUGAUGGAAGCUGAGUUUGCCAGACUUGGUACUGCAAGAGUUAUGAAGGAAUUUCUAACAUAUCGCAAUCCUGGUCCACUUUUCCUGCCUGAAGAUAAAAUGUUUGGACAUCCCCCAGAUGCUCCAAUUGUCUUGCCGAGUUGGUUGUCUGAGGAUGAAGUCAACUACUAUGCCAGCAAAUUUGAGAAGACAGGAUUCACUGGGGGCUUGAACUACUACAGAAACUUGGACCUAAAUUGGGAGCUCACUGCAGCAUGGACCGAGGUUCAAGUGAAAGUUCCAGUUAAGUUCAUUGUGGGAGACCAUGACCUAGUUUAUAAUUCUCUUGACGCCAAGGACUUCAUACACAAAGGUGGGUUCAAGAAAUAUGUGCCGCUUCUCGAAGAGGUGGUUGUAAUGGAAGGAGUCGCCCAUUUUAUCAACCAAGAAAAGCCUGAUGAAAUCAGCAAACACAUUCAUGACUUCAUCGUUAAAUUUCACUAA